UCAUCCAACGUCCAACGGGCAGUGACUAGCUGGCUCGUCUUGUACAUCAUGAUGGCAGCAAUCACAAUUAAUAAAAUGUGCCCUUAGAAUAACUAACAAAACAAAUCUGUGCAAUGACAAGAUUAGCGGAUUACUUCGUAGUUAUUGGCUACGAUCAUGAAAAAGAGCGGAGUGGUGUUAGUAAUGGCGUAAUCAUACAACGAUUUCCUGAGAAGGACUGGGAGGAUACACCAUUCAUUGACGGUAUAGAAUGGUUUUGCCAACCACAAGGAUGGGCCCUAUCAUCAGAAAGACAAGAACCUCGGUUCUUUGUCUCAGUUCUCACGGAUAUAGAUGCCAAAAGGCAUUAUUGCGCUUGUCUAUGCUUCAACGAAACAGUUUCUAUCACACCCAGCAAACCUGUAGACGAGGAAGAAGACCAGGUAGAGGCAGAAAACUCACACCCAAAUCUCAGUGGCAGUUUACCCAGGCCACUUCCCACAAUAUCGCAUCACAGUAUAAUGUAUGCUCCAAAGUGCCUUGUAUUGGUUUCACGUCAAGAUUACAUUGAAACCUUCCGUAAUUGUCUUGGGAUCAUCUACACUGUGUAUGUUGAGGGCUUAGCAAUUCCUCUGGAAACCUUAGUUGGCAAUAUUUUGGGAUGCAUUCAAGUUCCUCCUCCGGGUGGACCUCAGGUGCGGUUUAGUAUAGGCGCAGGUGAUAGGCAGGCCCUACAACCUCCACUAAGCCCAUCUCUCCCAGUCACAAAUUCAUCUGUCCACCUUCUCUUUCAACAACUUGGUAUAAGAAAUGUUUUGGUUUUGUUCUGUGCUGUUAUGACAGAGCACAAAAUUUUGUUUCACUCUAAAUCAUAUGCAAGGUUGACUGAUGGCUGCCGUGCUUUGAUUGCUUUAAUGUACCCCUUUCGCUAUUGUCAUGUGUACAUUCCACUUUUGCCUGCUGCACUUGUCGAAGUGCUGUCCACCCCAACUCCUUUUGUGAUGGGUGUUCAUUCAUCUCUGAAGUCUGAAGUAGCAGAAUUGAUGGAUGUCAUCAUGGCAGAUCUAGAUGGAGGAUCUAUAUUUGUUCCAGACGGAGUUUCUCUCCCACUACUUAGUGAACCUCUCUUGAGUCACACUUUUGAGUCUUUAAGCAAGGUCUUACAGCCAGAACUAUCAUGUGCCGAUCAUGCCUUUCCUCCUCUUGCCAUGAGAUCAACACUACCUGCUGUUCAAGACAAGGAAAUUCGAGCAGUGUUUAUGAGAACACUGGCACAACUUUUACAAGGAUACCGCAGCUGCUUGACCAUUAUCAGGAUUCAUCCCAGACCUGUGAUUGCUUUUGCAAGGGCAUCUUUCUUGGGUGAACGGGGCCUGACUGACUGUGAUUUUACUACAAGAGUCUUGGAGUGUAUGUUUUUCACCGGUUUUGUCCAAGAAAGAGGCCCUCCUUGGAGACCAUGUGAUGUCUGGGAUGAAUUGUACAGUAAUAUUGGAGACCAUUUAAGACUGGAAAGCCAAGAUCCAAGACUUCUAUUUACGCAUAUUCAAGAACUAGGUCAACAAUUAUAUACCAAUGAAAGUCCAAAUCCACAACCAUAUGUUCAAAAAAUUUUAAAGCCACCAGAUGGAGCUUUUGCUCGGAUACAUCAACCUCCUUUCCCUCACAUUGAUAUCAGUCAAGUUCAAGCCAUCAUUGAUGACAAUAUGAGUAAAAAUAAUUUGAAAUCAAGGCUUGCGUCAAUUAAAACUGUUCAACCUAGAAUAGUGCCAGUGGGACCCCAUAUCUCAAAUGUUAAUGAUAAUCGUCAUGUAGUUAGCAACUCUGCCAGAAGAUUGGAGGUAUUACGAAACUGUAUCAAUUGCAUCUUUGAAAACAAAAUAUCUGAUGCUCGUAAGUCAUUUCCUGCUGUCACUAGAGCUUUGAAAUCUAAAGCAGCUCGAUUAGCCCUUUGUACGGAGUUGGCACAACAUGUGGUUGGCAAUAAAGCUAUAUUAGAACAUCAGCAGUUUGACCUUGUCGUGAAACUAAUGAACUAUGCCCUUCAGGAUGACUCAGCAAUGGAUGAACAUGGGGUUGCUGCUGCUCUCCUUCCUCUAGCCACUGCUUUUUGCCGUAAACUGUGCACUGGGGUCAUCCAGUUUGCAUACACCUGUAUUCAGGAACAUGCUGUUUGGCAAAACCAACAAUUUUGGGAAGCUGCUUUUAACCAGGAUGUACAAAAGGACAUAAAGGCUUUGUAUCUACCUCGUAUGGAAACAAGCGGUCAUUCACAUGGACCUCACACACCACACACUCCUCAUCAGAACCGUCUCACAAAUUCCGACAUGGCUAUUAGCCCUGUUAGUCCUCGAGAGAGCAAAGAAUUUGUAUGGAAGGAUCACCGAUCAAGUUAUAAUAGAGUCCAGGAAUGUUCUGCUUUGGAAAUUGCUGCAGAGCAGAUGAGGAUAUGGACAACUUAUGAUUCUGAUAAACAAAAAGAUCUAAUGGCAAGUGAGGAGGCCACUUUGUACAGUCAAGCAAUCCACUAUGCCAACCGCAUGGUGUAUUUACUAGUCCCUCUGGAUGUAGCAGCCCAGAAGCAUCGCCAAGACCACACUAUGGAAGAUGAAAGGGCAUCAAAUAGCAUAACAAAUAGUGUUGCUGAGAGUGAUAGUGCUGAUGCCGAAUCUGGUUUUGAAGAGCAAGAUCCUGGUGAAACUGGUGCAACAGUAAUUCGUCUGGUUUCGCGGUUUGUGGAUAAAGUAUGCACUGAAGGAGGUGUCUCUCCUGAACAUGUAAGAUGUCUUCAUCAAAUGAUACCUGGUGUUGUUCAUAUGCACAUUGAAACAUUAGAAGCAGUCCAUCGUGAAAGCAAAAGAUUACCACCCAUUCAAAAGCCAAAGAUUCUUACACCAAACAUGCUCCCAGGGGAGGAAAAAGUUACGGAUGGACUGAGAGUGUACUUGUUGCCUGAUGGUAGAGAAGAAGGAACAGGGGGAGCAGUUGGUGGACCACCCUUACUGCCUGCUGAAGGUGCUAUCUUCGUAACAAAUUAUCGCAUUAUUUUCAAGGGGAUUCCAUGUGACUCACUUGCUUGUGAACAAGUUGUGGUUCGUGCAUUCCCUGUGACCUCACUAACCAAGGAGAAGAGGACUACAGUUACACCAUCAGCCCACCUUGAUCAAUGUUUACAAGAAGGCCUUCAACUCCGGUCCUGUACAUUUCAACUUUUGAAAGUAGCGUUUGAUGAAGAAGUGACACCUGAAAGCAUCGAGCAUUUCCGCAAAACAAUUCACCGAAUUAGGCAUCCGCCCCAUAUAUUCCAUCACUUUGCUUUCACUGGUCAAGUUGUAGUGCACCAGACUCCACUUCACAAGGGCAAAGAGGGCAAAAAUGCCACUCUAAAGGGCUUUGCCAAGAAGACAUUGUUAAAGACUGCAAGAAGAGCUGGUUUCAAGCCGAAAACUUCCUCCAAAAGGCAAAAGUAUGUCUUGCCCAAUUUAACAAAUAGCAACAAUAUUAACAAGUAUAUGACAUCCCCAGGCCGUAUGUCACUGCCUGUCACUGACAAUAUUGAUUAUGGAGCAGAGGAUGAUAUUUCAUUGGAUGAAUUUGAAAUUCCUGGACCAGGCCUUGUUCCACCUUCUGCUCCAACAGAUGCAAAAACAUUGGAAAGAUUAACAGAGCGAAGUUAUGUGAGAGACUGGCAGCGACUGGGGCUAAUAAAUAGUGCUUCAGCUGGCUCCACUACAAAUUCACGUCAGAGAGAUACAUUUAGGCUAACCACUGUCAACAGUGCUUAUAUGAUGUGCAGGAGUUACCCAGCCUUACUUGUUGUCCCAUGGGCAAUAACUGAUGAAAGUAUACGCCGGUUUUGCCGUUCUUACCGUCACGGACGUAUCCCAGUCAUAACAUGGCAGCACCCAAAAGCUAAAGCUUUGUUGCUUCGUGGUGCUGGAUAUCAUGGGAAGGGAGUAAUGGGGAUGUUGAAGGGCCACCCUACUGCCACAGUGUCAACAUCAGAGAGUACCUCUUCCAUUGAACAAGAGAAGUAUUUAUCAGUGUUGGUGUCUCUUACACCAAUGGCUGUGAUGAGGCAAGGUGCUGCCUGGGAUAAUUCUGACUCAAACCUGAGUAUUGAUUCUCUGUUAUUGGCUGCUGAAGAUCAUAGUGGUAUUGCAAAUGGGCUGACCAACACAUUGACACCUGAAAUUUCCCGAAGGUCUAAUCCUUUUAACAAGGCAAUGGGUACAUUGGGUAUGUUCCCUCGUGGCAGUGGCGGCAAAGGUGGUCCCAAGACUUUUGGAAGAUGGGGAUCACUUAAAGACCGACGCAACAGUUCACAGGGUUCUCUAACUAAUUUACCUGUUCCUCCUCGGGGGAAUAUCAGGCACUCAGCAGAUUCUGAUUCAGGGACUGAGUGUGUUCAGACCUUCCAAAGAGCUGCCCUCUAUAUUCUUGGUGAAAAAGCCCAGAUGAAAGGUGUUAAGUCUGAGUCGCCCUUGAAAACAGAUUUCAUUCCUGUGGAGUAUGCAGAUGUCAGACACACCAAAGCAGCUUUUAAGAAGCUCAUGCGUGCCUGUAUUCCAAGCUCUGCUGAUCCAGAGCCAGAACAUACUUUUCAUAAGUUAAUUGAAAGCUCUGAGUGGCUACAACAAAUUCAAAAUAUCAUGCAGUUAUCUGGUGCAGUCGUUGAUUUGUUAGACGUUCAACGCUCUUCAGUCAUGCUCUGCCUGGAAGAUGGGUGGGAUGUGACUGCUCAGGUGUCAUCUGUAGCUCAACUUUGUCUUGAUCCAUAUUAUCGCACAAUUGAAGGUUUUAGAGUUCUUAUAGAAAAAGAAUGGUUAGCUUUUGGUCACAGAUUUUCGCAUCGAAGCAAUCUGUCUGCUACUUCACAAGCCAGCAGCUCCGGAUUUGCUCCAACAUUCCUUCAAUUUCUAGAUGUUGUACAUCAAAUUCAGCAACAAUUUCCCCUUGCCUUUGAAUUCAAUGACUUCUACUUGCGUUUUCUUGCAUAUCAUUCUGUAUCUUGCCGUUUCCGCACUUUUCUUCUUGAUUGUGAGCUUGAAAGAGUAGAGGUAGGCAUUGCUGCUGUUGAAGAUAAAAGAGGAUCUCUCACAUCUCAUCACAAAGGAGUAGACACUGCAGGCUCUGAUGAUGACAUGGUUUACCCUGGUGGAAGACUUGCUGGUACAAACCAAGGGACCAAUUUAGGUCAGUCACUAUUUGACUAUAUUGAAAAGCAGCAUGCUCGAUCACCGCUCUUCUUCAACUUUUUGUAUGCUUCGGAUUCUGAAAAUCCCGUUCUAAGGCCACAAUCACUGCUUCCAAGUUUGGAUGUGUGGAAAUACUAUCUUAGUGAACAGUUGUCUCAUGGGCCUGCCUAUGACUUAGAAGUUAUCCAACAGGACUCUCAACAGGAGGAAGAAAAUGAGGCUGCAGAUGGAAUCUCGCCUCACUCUGUGCGUAGGGUUGUCACACUGGGAUAUGACAUGAUUGACAAUCUUGUACCCAAUGCUUUCUCAUAUUUAUUGGAAGAAAUUCAUCGUCUAGAAGCUGAACUAGGCCACCUUCCACAAAAGUGGAAAGUUCUUUGGGAUAAACUUGAGCUCCCUACCACAGACUCAUUGACGAGACAUGCAUCAUUCAGCACGCAGCUAGUGCGCUCUCAUGGAAGAUUGCUACACAAACGAUCAACUUUGGAAAUAUUGAUGCGAGGGAAAAUUGCUGGUGCUCAAGAUGCUGCUCAUGUAUAUUCCCAUCCCCACCGAUUUGAACGAUAUUCUUAUACAACCCCUAGCUAUUGUGACUACUGCUCUAAUGUUUUAUGGGGACCUGUGAAGACUGGCUUGCGCUGUAUGGAUUGUGGAUAUAGUUGCCAUGACAAAUGUCAGGAAAAUGUGCCCAAGAACUGUACGAAGUAUAAAGCUGUUUCUGAUCCCAGCAAUCCCAAUCAAACUUUAACUAGAAAUGGUGGUGAUAAUGGAUCUGUGAAUUCUAGUAUAGCCACAAUGCAAACGUCAUCUCAGCAGUACUAUGAUCAAUUCUCUUCAAAUGUGGCAGAGAACCGAACUCAUGAAGGUUUCUUGUAUAAGAGAGGUGCUUUGCUGAAAGCAUGGAAGCAGCGUUGGUUUGUCUUAGAUUCCAUUAAACACCAGCUAAGAUACUAUGAUGGGGUGAAGGAUUCUGAGAGCAAAGGAUAUAUUGACUUGGCAGAAGUUAUGUCUGUAGCACCCGCACCGCCAGCACCUGGCCCUCCUAAAAAGACUGAUGACAAAUCCUUCUUUGAUUUGAAAACAAGCCGUAGAACAUACAAUUUCUGUGCAACUAAGAAUGCUGAUGCCCAAGAAUGGAUAGAGAAGCUUCAAGCUUGCUUGCAAUAACUAACUACUGAGUACCUUAAGGAUAAUGCCUGCAACUCAAUUGCCAUGAUGUAAAACCAAUAAUGCAGUGCUUUUAUUGUUCCUUUUUUAAAUCAAAUGAUUGUGUAGGUAAAGUAAUCAAAUAUUUCUCAGAGUCUUUCCCAUGUACAAAUGCUUUUGUUGCACUUCUAUUUGUAUCUUGUCAUUGUUGUACAUAAGUAAAUAAAUAUGUUACCCUUAGACUUAACCCUUUGUAUAAAACAUUUUAUUGUACAUUGAAUAUAACAUAUGUUGCAAAUAAAAUGAUUGAGUUAGAUAGGCACAGCUUUCUGGUUGUUGAAUGUUACUUGCUUACAAAUUUGCAGAUAUCUGUUACUGUUAAUGUUACUUUUGUUUGAACCAUACCACAGCUGUUUUAAUAUGGCUUCGCCGGUGUUCUUGGUUCAUUAGCAAGUUAAUAUUGUUGAAAUUUUAAAUCUGUUACUGCACAUUGGAGCUUGUAUCCACAUCAUGUUUUCAUUUUGUGAAUUUCAUGAUUUUAUAUUAGUUUUAUUUAUGCUCUACCUGGUAUCAUUGUAUUCUCGUCAACUGUAUGCCCAUCUCUGAGGUUUCUGUGAUAAGAGGAAAAAUCAAGGAUGGGGCACACAUAUCAAACCAAUUAAAUCUAUUUUACUGUAUUGACUACUGCUAUAUUAUGAAUGAAUGAAGUGUUGAAAGCUUGUUAGAAGACAAUAUUUCCUUAUGUAUCACUCAGAGUUUGGGUAAUCAUCACUAUUUUUUUAUUAACUGCUAGUAAAGUGAAAUAUUUGAAGAGAUCCUUGGAAUUGCAUUUUGUAUCACUGACUCAGCAAACCAACAUUGCCUGCUGUACAAUAUAAACAAUAUCACCUAGCUCUUUAAUUUUUUGAUUGCUUCUUUCCUCAGAAAUGAACUGCAAACUUGAUUAAUGCAGUUUUACAAAAUCAAUCUCAAAAGUAUAAGCGCCAAAGGUUAAAUUGCACAGCAGACUGUUGGAAUGCUAAAUUUAUUCUGUGGUUUACAAGGUCUGCUGUUUAUAUCCAGAGAAAGAGUAUAUCUUUUUUCUUUAUGUAGUUCAAUUUAUAAACUGUUACGAUUAUGUCUUGAAAUAUCAAACCACCAAUUUGGAUUUUUGUUCUUGGAGGCCUAUAAGGAUGUAAACAUAUGUUACGGAAAUUAAUGUCUCAUUGUCCUAGUAUUUGUUGACUGACAAUAUUAUUCAAAAAAUUAUAGAAUCUGUAGAAAUUGUGAACAAUAACACUUUAAGUCAUGCCUUUUCUUUUCCUACCUUGCCAAUUUCUAAGAUUAUUCAAAGUAAUACAUUCCUCAUAAUACUGUUCCCAUGUGACCUCCUUGUUCAGCCUCCAGCUUUGAUGGUUGAUCUGAUUUUUCCUUUAGAAAACAUGGCCGUGUUAGAGUCUUUUAAUCUACAUGCGACUGAUUGUAAUUGAAGAGCUCCUGUAGACGGAAGUAAAAUGGUAUUUGACAAUCAAUCUCACUUUAGUUCUUAUUUGAACAUUAUGCCUUAGCUUAUCUUUCUCAUAUGAUUUGAAGGACUUAUUUUUGCAUCGGUUUAUCUUUUCUUGUUUAUGAGACAUAGUAUCUAAUAUGCUGUGCUGCCCAUAAAGAAAUUCAGUUCGUUGAAUGUUAUUGGUUUGGAUCGGCUCAACAUACAGGCACGUUUUCCACUUCUGAACUCAAAUGGUGAGUCUUCUAGUGGGGUUUUACUUUUAUAUUGCAAAUUAGGUCAAUUUAAUGUUCAACUUAUGCAAAAGCCGGACUGAUAAUUUACUUAUUUCUUUUCAUCAUAAGACAUAUUUAUUGCUGUAGAAUAGUCUGCUUUAUAAAUUUAGUAUCAUUUGACAGUUUUGGCAUGCACUGACAAAUCUGUAAUUUGUGUAGGCUUACUGUGAUUCUGUUAACACAGCCAACAUUAUUGUGUAUCAUCAGCUUAGGACACUUUCAAGAAUAAUUUUCUCCCCACUAUCAAUGGAAGAUGUUUGUGUCUCAUGUGUGUGAUAAUGUUCAGUGCCAAAUGUGAAAUGAUAAUUAAUAAUUUGAAUGUUUUGAGAAUGUGCACCAUGGUGCAUACUGUGUUAUGAUUGGAAGUCUUUGGACACAUUCUCAAUUGGGGCUUCCUAAAACAGGCUCAAAUUAAUAUUAAUCUUUCAGUGUCUUUCAGCACUUGCCCUUUGGCCAAAGUUCUAAAUUUACCCUCUUUUUAAAAAAUCGAAACAAGAAAAUCAUUCAUUUGCUCUCUUUGUUAUUGGUUGCUGAUUGAUCAGGUACCAAAAACUAUUCUACUUUAUUUUAUUUUACUUGCCUUCUAUAGUUUUACUGAGUCUUAAAUGCUCACAUUUUAAUUGGAAACUGAGACUAAAUUGACUCCUAUGAUUGCAGCCUCCACAAGACUUUCCUUUCAAAGCUUGUGGCCAAUAUUUUUGUAUCUAAUGAAAACUCAAAUGAAAAGAUAAUGGUUGAUUCAGUGUUUGAAAAGUAAUUGUAGUCAAAGCCAAGAGUAAGACUGAAACAAUCAAACUUAACUUCUUUUCCUCCAAUAAUUUGUGAACAAUAUUGGGUCUUGGCUUCACUUUUUUCCACUAUUUUUUUUUCAUUUUGUUUGUUUGCUAUGAGGGAAAUUUUCAUGCAGGUAUAUUGGCUUACGGGUAAUGCAACGUAUAUGCAUGUUGUAGUCUGUUUAUGUGUUUAAUGCCAUUAUGAAUUAUGUUGUUUUAAUUGUAUACAUAUUCUGCAAUUUGUAUUUAUGUGCUUUUCUACCCCAUAAUGCUAAAUGGCAUGUAUUCCACUAAUUUCAGUUUUAUAAAGGUAUUUCAAAGCUGCAAAUUUUUAACUGCAUUGCUGAAAACAUGUGCAAUAAAUUUAUGAAAUUUGUAAAGGUCAUGAAAUGUAUGGAUUUUACAAACCCUAAAGCUAGGUGCUGUAUUAUCAGACAAUAAUUAUUGGUUGUCAUUUUGUACUAAUGACACAUUCCGUUGGCCUACACAUGAAUUUAAGUUUCUCUUUUGUCUGCACUGUUUUAGCUCUCCGAAAUAUUGAAAUUCAAAAAGGGAGAAAACAUAUCAGCUGGAAAAUAUGGUUUGGUAGCAUGAUUGAUUUUCUAUUCAGGUGAUGUAUGUUGUACACAUGUUGUGUUUGUUACUCUUAGAUGAAAGAUGCAUGUUGAGAGAAAUUAACUCUAUUGUGAUUGUUCUUGUAAACAUUGUGUACCAAAUAAACUCUUGGUGUUUUAUAAUGCAA